GUGAUUUGGGUCAGUUUACUAAUCACAUACAAAUUUCUACCACGAAAAUACCAGUGAGUUUGUUUAUAGUUUUAGGAUCGACUGCCAUUAUUUUAAAGUUCAAACCACCGUGACGUAUGUGAGAGGUUUUGGGUUCAUUGCACGCCUCAAUGUCGAGGAAAUUUCGACCGACAUCUCUGGGUUCGCAGAGUGGGAUCUACAGUGUGCGAGGUUCCGAAUUAGCACGGUCCGGGAAAACUACACCGAACCAGAUACGCUGUGUUGUGGAAUUAUUGGAUGAUUCCGAAUUUGUCAUCGAUAUUGACGUAAGUAAAUGAGAUUUCUGUUAGGUAGCUACAUGUUUGGUAGUAAAACUCUGUCAGAUUAUAGGCGGGUGCUUUGAAAACCUUUUACAACAACAUAAGCCCCGCUAGGAAAUGUUUAGCAUGUGAAAGAUCUGUUACUCUCGUGGAAACCGUUCUUGAUCGCUAGUACGUUUUACUUGCAUAAAGUGAAGAGGCUGUCAUUUGGGGAGAGGUUCCUUUUUAUAUAUAUCUCUUGCACAAUUUUACAGUGAAGAUUAACUCAAUCAACGUUCACAUUAUUCGUUAUUUAUUUAGAAGGACAUCAGCGUUUGCAUUUUGGAAUUGAAAAUUAAACCCAGCGUGAUGAAAAAUGAACGAUUGAUGAGCACGAAUCACAAAGUGACAUUUUUAAAUUGCAUUCCAUUAUUUCCUAAAGUUUUAUGAAUUUCUUAUUUCAUGGCUUCGCCUUUUUGUACCUGGUCAUCUUUAACAUCUGUGUAGUUGUACCUAUGACUUAAUUUUCUAUGAGCAGAAAUGCAUGCAGUCCUAGUAAGGUCAAACAUCAUCCCAUGAGAUUUGAAGUAAAAACAACCAAUUUCUCUUUGUUUAAAGAAACAAACACAAAAAUUAGCAAACAGUUCCACAUCUCUUGAAAAUAACUUAAAUUCAAAUUACUGGCUUUUAAUACUAGGGCUUAGAUCUCUCUAGACUCGAUCGAUAUUGGCUGACUUAUCUUUUCAAAAAUCUUGAACAGUGAAGGUGAAGGAAAAGCUGGCAUUUUUUGACAGCAACGUUUAACGUGUCACGAAAGGUUUGGCAUUUUUGUACCUCAGCUGAAUUUCUUCCUUUAAAAACAUUGCGUAAACCUGGGUCGUCAAUCGGCUAAAUUGCUUUCCAAGUUAAUCUUCUUAAGACGGCUAUCAUAAAUAAUAACGUAUUUUUUUGCAUCAGACGUUUUAACCCUGUAUUUGAAUGUGCCUUUUUUUUAGAAAUGUUUGACGUAACAUGGCCGAUUUAUCCUUUGAUUACUGUGGGAUGUUAUACUCAUUCAAAGAAAAUUUGGUUUUAAAUGAGACAUAAUAAGGGAAGUUUUUCUACAUGCAUGUGAUUCUUUUAUUUGUAGUUACAUCAUUUCUUGAAUUAGAAGAUGUAUGUUAAUUUGAAACAAAUUUGUCAGAUCAUAAAUAUUUAAAAUAUCAAGUGAGAAUUUUCUUUCAUAUUGACAAGUAACAUUGCACAUAGGUAAUUUUAUUUUGAGGAUGACUAUGCGAAAUUCAUUCUUGAUCAUUAAAUUUAUAUUUUUUGUUAACGUUGCAUUAUCUCGUUAUUAAAUGAGCAAGUCAAAUCAAUUUUUGCAAUAUAAUUUUAUCAGCAUAAUUCUGGGUUUGUCUUUUAACCAUAUGUCAUUUUAUUUUCACGUCAACUAAACUGUACUUGUAAAUAAAUUUUACUUUGUUCUAUGUGCACUACUUAACUCACCAUCUUUGUUUCUGUGUUAAAAAUAUAGCUCAAUGAUCAAUAUUGGGCCAAUUUUUUACUUACUAAUCAGUUAUGGAUAUUAUUAUUUAAUAAAAUUAUAAUACUGAUUAAAAUUGUUCUAUUUAAAGGUUAAUUAAUGCAUUAAAUCAAUUGCCUGUCAGCUUUAUUUUUGCUCUGCACAUUUAUUUGUUCCUCAUACAUACACAAUGUAACUUUCCCUGCUAACAGAGUUUUCCUGUUUAUUAUUGGUGAAAGGAAGUCAACACUACUCUGAAUUGCAACAAUUUGUAAGCAGCAUGUGUUUGCAUUACUAAGCGCCCCAACAAUUCGGAAAUGCUUGUAGGUUUCAUUGCACAUGAUGAUCUGAUAAUUUUUUGAGGCAUGGAUACGAUACUUACAGGAUGUGGUUCCCAGGGUCUUCACUAAGAAUUCUAAUAGCAGGAGAAAGGUGUAACGUUACAGGAGAAUAUUUUGAAAUAGGCUCCAUGUCUGAAUGAAAGAUAGUCAUAGGCUACUGAAUAUUUGCUGGAUAAUUUUUCAUAGCUAGUUAACAGAGAAUUCUCUGUUCUCCAAUGCCUAAUGAACACCCUGGAUUCUUUUCUCCUAGAAUAUUAUUUUUGACUUUAUUGUAGUAAAAGUGUUUACAGUUUAGAGUUACAAGUAAAAUGUAUUUUACAUAUUUUCUUGAAUGGCAUUCUUAAAACUUUAACUCUGGCCAUCUAGAAUGAAUUUGGAAGAUUGAUUUGUGUCAUCAGCGAUGGCUGGAAAAGUUUUAUUUUUUUAGCAAUCUAAACAGUUUGCAUGCCGUAAUUCAGUAAAAGGUGAGCAUUUAAUCUGAAGAGACAUUUGUAGCAAAAGGAAAAUGGUUAUAAGCUGGUUGAAGUUAUGGUAAAACAGACAAUAAAACUGUGCAACUUGUUUAGCAACAUUGCAAACUUGCAACCGCCUUGAUGACCAUCUGCCAGUUGGCUUGCCAGCUCAAAGGUUAGAGCACUGCAAAGGUAUCACAUAGCCUGCAUCACAGACAAAAACUAAACUCUGGUUGAGGCCGUCUGCGAAACACCUCCAAAAUCCUUGACUGGGUCCCUAGAUGCAGGGUUUUCAACAAGGUUUUAAGUAGGUGGCAAAAGCUUUGGAGUAGGGGGAGAAAGAAAAAACUAGCACCAAAGAACGCAUGGAAAUUUGCGCACAAGUUUGGCUGCUUUGGCACCCAGACCCCGUGGUUUUGGGUGCAAGGCUGCUCAUUAGAGUGUAUGGCUUUGAUGAUUGAACAAUGAAAGCAACUCAUAAUUUAGGCAAGACUUUGGUUUUUCCACCAAAGUUUGUGUUCUGUGGGAAACGUUUCUCAUUUCAUUUGUAAAAACUGGGUUAAUUUCCAAAGAAAAGUAGGUGGUAAGUUGAUGUGAAAUAGCCAGCGAAUUUUGCUUGCCACCGUGCUCUUGUUGAAAACCCUGCAGCUAUGUGGUAGGUUUUGUGCACGCACCAUGAUUGGCCUGUUAAAAAGCCGUGGUCCAUUUGCAAAUCAGAUGAAAGGAAAUUCGAAAUGAGGUGUAAAUUUUUAGGUGCACAGCUGAAAAUUUUAGGAGCACAGCUUAUAAUGUUGGGAGCAUCUAUUCCGAAAGAAAAAGUAAAAAGCUUGAUAGUGCCUCAUUUAUUUGUAACUUUUACUUCAGUCCUGUGAUUGAUAAAGCCAAUUUGCUACUUAUUUCUCUUUUUGACAGCACAGUUGUGACUAAAGAAAACAUACACUUGAAGAACAAUUCAAAACUGAUGUAACAAUGAGUGUGUCGAACGCGAAUGAAAAUUUUUCUUUAAUGGAUCUGUUAAAUGUGCAAUGACUUACAUGUAACUGGAAAUUACGACUUAAAAAACUUUCUUACCUGGAAAAAAAGGCUCUUAAUCUGAACUGUUUCUGUUUUGAUUGACGUUAAAACUUAGCGUUUGACAUGAUCGUCCGUUGCGCAAAAAGUACGUGUUUCGUUCGUAGCAUAUAUUUGCAUGUGUCAGCGGUGUUUAUUACAAAACAGAAGAGUCUGGGAUGGAGUAAAACAUCGAAAUGAAUAAGAACAUUCGAGUUUGUAGAAUCCAUUGGGAGAAAAGACCAAUUAAACAUACACUGUCUUUCUAGUUCGAGUUCGUAAGUAUAGUCGGAAGUCAGUCAGUCGCACUGUGCUUUGGGUUUUACGCGCACAGGUGUGAUUACACAUGAAUGUUUAGGCGCACAGCCAAAAAUUCAGUCACAUAUGCGACCAGUUAGUCGCUAACUUUGAGCCCUGAAUGCAGUUCCAAUAUUUUAUAAUUCAUUGAGUUCAUUGGGGGGCCAGAACAGGGAUAUCGGCGCUACUUCACAGAUAUUACUGCCCAUGGUAAACUUACAUGUAAUUACAUCGGUGAUGCAGGCUAGUAUUGCAGAGGUCAGGAAUUACCUUGGCAAGCCUGAAAAGUUCAGACUUUUUUAUUGCAAUUGCAUAAGUUGUGUUUUUAACUGUGAUGAUCUUCUCUGCAUCUAUUUCUUCAUGCCACAUUUCAAAUUUAUGAAAUUCAUAUUAUUUUAUUCAUCCUUCCAAAGAAUAGCAAUGUUGUGGAUUUUACCAGCCACAAAUCAACAAAUCAGGUUGUUGUGAAAUGUUGUUGUAGAAAGUAGAGAAUGGUUUUACUUUAUGCAACAGAUUUGUACGUUGUGCAUUUUACCAACCCAAGGCAAACUUGUUUUGCGACAAGUGACGCAAGGUCUGUAAAUUGUAUGUUUAUUUUAUAUCUGUUUUAGAAACCCUCUAGAGGUCAAACAUUGUUAGAAGCUGUUUUCAAGCAUCUUGAUCUCCUGGAAAGACAUUUCUUUGGUCUGCAGUAUGUUGCUGAUUCACCAGAUAACUUGGUAAGUGAAGUCUCAAAUAUUAUUUUAUUGACAGACUGGUGUAGUCUCACACAACUUUGUCAUGAGUCUCACCAUUUCACGACCUUUCUGACACUCUCACUAGCUGAACGCAACUGAUUUCGCAAGCUUUCUCAAAAAGUCAUAUUCCAAAAACAGUUUUGGAGCAUUUGUAUGAUUCAUUUCCAAGUUUCAAUCUAAAAUCAAAUUUGGAGGAAUACGUGACAUCUCAAAGCUUAAUCACUCCACAGCCAGGAUGAAAGAGUUCUGAUUUAAUGAUUUUAUUAUAACUAUUUAAGAAAGACAACAAGUAAGAAUUGAUAAAAUUCCUUAUGACUUGGCGACUGCUGAACGGCAGUUGCCAAAUCAGCGAAAAUUGACUUGCACCUCUGCCAUUGCCUAACCUAUCUAUCAAGAAGGGGUGUAGUUGGCCUCAGUAAAGAGAGAACUUGUUUAAGGUGAUUCCGUAGUAAAAGAACCUAACAUAGAUUGUAGAUGAAACUUGGUACACUGAUGUAACAAGUCAAGAUAAUGAUAAAAAAGUAAUAAAAAGUGGGGGUCACCGCGCUCAUUUUGACAUCAUAAUGCUGAGAAAUACGGCUAUUUUGGACCCUUUGUCAAAAACCACACUCAGCCCAAAACUAGACAAAAAGGAGAGAUUUUUUCGAUGAUGCAUGUGGUAUCGCACAGAAUUUGACUUUAUUGUAUUGUUCAUCCACUUACAUACCAGAAAAAUACCUUUUAAUGCUCCUGUUUUUAUUUUACGCUCUAAAGUAGAAUUGAAUUGGACACGCGCUAUUCGACUCGUGAUAGCUCGAUCCGUACAAUUUAGUAAAAUUGCCAAAAAACUGGACAUAGAUUUGUGCCAAUUUUUUUCUCAUCGAAAGGAAGCACUAUCCUUAUUAAAAUCAUGAAAUAAAAAAUGGGGGUCACCGUACUCGUUUUUGCGGUAGAGCUGCAGAGAGUGCGCGCCAAAUGCAUUUUCUCGGAUAUUUGAGAGAGGAAUGGGGCGAGAUUCAAAAUGGAAUGUAUGUGAAAGGGGGGAGAAAGUAUUAAAAAUCCGUAUUUACAGAAUUUACAUCGAGAUAUCACAUUUAGGACACAAUGUGAUAAAGAAAGCGUUUAAAUGAAAAUCAAAGUGAGUAAGCACAAGUUAAACAUCCACUAUCGAGGUUCUCCGUGAGGAAGUCGAACUCAGCAACACACGUACUGCUUACAUUAUGCACAUUCCCAACACACUGAGUCUCACCUAGGCAAGAAACAACCGCAAGCAAAAAUCCCAAUAGCGUUUCUCUUCAGUCAACUUCAUUUUAAUAAUGUUACUUCACAUGCUCUUUUUUGCGGUGGCCAUCUUGUUGUGCGCAGUAAGAGAUGCGCAGUGCAAAACCAGGGAAUCACCUAAAAACCUGUGGCUAGAGAAGAAAGAGGGGACGGGGGGAGAGGGGGGGUGGGGUCAGUUUAGACUGUUCAUUAUUUUUAUGUUGUUUUUAAGUUUAUUGGUUUAAAUUAAUUUUGCUAACAAUUGCAACUGUCGGAAACAUCUUAAUAAUAAUUAUUAAUAAUAAUAUUAUUUUUGUCAUUAUUAUUCCUUCGAAAUAGCAAUGGCUGAAUUCUGAUAAGCAAAUUAGGAAACAACUGAAACGUAAGUCAUGUUUUUAUCAUUAUUUUUUAGCUACUAUACAAUUCUUCUUAAUAUUCUUUCUUCUUAUUAUUAUUGUUAUUAUUUUUAUCAUUAUUAAUACUAUAAUUUAAGACCAUAAUAAUUAUAAUAAUAUCAUCAUAGUUUUGUUGAAUUAUAAUGCUACCUUAUUGUUACUGAUACAUGUCUGGCAUGGAAUUAUCUUUUAGGCGGUCCACCAUACAUUUUUUACUUUAGAGUGAGAUUUUUUGCAUCAGAUCCUUCUAAACUAUCUGAGGAUAUCACCAGGUAGGCUUACACGUGAGCUAUUGCAAUUAAUUUUUGGUGUAAUAAUAACUUGCAGUUUUUGAAUUAUUAUUAAGAUCAUCUUUUUUUCCCCCACAAAUUACUCAUGUUUCUGUUUUUGAAAGUGUUACUGUAUAUGUAUAUGUUACAGGUAAAAAAUUUUUAACCUACAGGCUGAUUCUCAAUUUUCUUUGUUUUGCAGCCCUAACUCAUGAAUAAUUAGGGUUAGGACAUAAUAAUUUUAUCAAAUCCAUGUUAAAAUUUUUUAGCCUGGAUUUUAUUAUUUUAACCGGUAACAUACAUAUGCAUAUUAUGUGUUUACUAAAUAGCACAGGUUUUGUACAUCCCUAUUUUUUUUGUAUUAUUUCCUACUUUCUGAUCAUUUCCUCAGUCUAUAGUUAUGUUCAUCAUGCACUGAGUGAAUUAUUUCCAGUAACAAAACAUUUUCUGUUGUAAUGAAUUUAUAGAUAUCAAUUCUACCUUCAAAUAAAGCGAGACCUCCUGACCGGAAGGUGAGUGUAAUUUUCUGAAGUUGCAUUUGGUUUUUCUUCUACUCCUUGUUAUUCCCAGAUAAAAGGCUUAAAAAUAGGGCUCAUUUUUUUGAGAAAAUAGCAUUCAAGCAAUAACAAUGCAAACCUCUGUAGUGAUAUGCACAGGUAACCCAGUCAAACCUCCCAAAAGUGAUCACCCAAUAAAGGAAAAUUUAGCAGUUGCUUACAAGAAUCAAACAGAACCUGGUCAGAUCUACUCAUGUACUUUUUUGAAGAGAAUAAUUUUUUGCAUCCAAUUGUGAAGUUCGAGGUCUUUCCUAAAAGUUCUUCAAAUACUCUGAGAAACGUGGUACUUACAGUGAACAUAAAAAUCAUACCAUGUGUCUAGUGGUUGUUCUGAGGUUGAAAACAAUGGAAAAUUUUAAAACUGUCACCUGAUGAGCUUGCAAGAGGUGGUUAGCUGCUGCUGUCAUCCUGGGAUCUUACACAUGCAUCCUUGUCCUCCUCAGAACAAUGGUUCACACAUUUUAUACAUGUAGACAAUGAGACCAGGGUCUACAUGUACUGCAUUUUUUCAUACAAUCAUGGUUCCUUUUACAGUAUGUCUCCCUCUGAUAAUAGGGACCUUAAGAUCCGACGACAGUGACGGCAACGGGAACGCCACAAAAGCAAUAGGUUUAAUUAGCAAAACAACAAUAAUUUAUUUUGCACGUGCAUCACGCUUUUUUGUACAUUUCUUUGCCGUCACUGCACGACUACAACGUGAAAAUGCCUGAUUUCACGAUGUACAGAGGAAGUACACAAGCGACAACAAAAUUUGCUCUCUGUUUCUGAACUUGGAUAUGGUUCUUAGGAAUUCAACGUUAGGAGGCUAGGGUUCGCCUACAUUUGACAAAGUUAGUGACUUGGACUAAUCGCGAUGAAGAUUGAAAGAACGUGAAUUCACUUUUUCAGCGACAUUUUCUCUGCCGUCGCUGUCCUCGGAUUUUAAGGUCCCUUAUAUUUAGAUGAAAGUAUAUGUGACAAACUACUUUGCUUCUCAAGGGGUGGCGGGAUUGUCAGUUCAUUUCUAUGUACUGGGCAGGUCAUUGAGAUUGGCCACAAAAAUUCAGUUGAAUGACAGGAUUGGUUUCUGUUGUUGCAGGUUACCAUGUUUGUAUGAUACAGCAGCUGAACUGGCUUCUUACGUCCUUCAGGGUAAAUUCAUUUUAUUGAGUACUUAAAUUUUCUGUUAUUAUAGGCAUGUUUGUGGUGAAAUGUUUAUUUGUAAUCUUUAGGGUAUCCUGGACAUUCAAAUUAAGCAUCUCAUUUCAUUAAUUUUCUAAAUUACAUACAUAGCAUAUGUAAACUUGUGAAAAAUUGACUGAAAUAUAGCCUUCACAUGACUAAAGCAUAAUGUAAAACCAGUUCGUUCAGAUAUUGUGAAUGUUAUUCAAACUAGUUGCUUCUCAGUUCUUUCUAGAAAAAAGUAGUCGACUUCUCUGAGCAAAGUAGCAGACGCAUUUCAUCGGCUGUAGGUGCUUACUGAAAGCCCUGAAUGUAAUUCUGACACUUAACUUUCUCCUAAGAUAAUUUGCCAGACCUUGAUUUAACAAUAAAAUCAAAGUAAUAAUAAAUACUUGUAAAUAAAUUUUAAUAUCGUUUUUGAUUGCAUUACUUUUACAGGAGAACUUGGUGAUUAUGAUGCUAGGAUUAUGCAUGAUUGUUCUUACGUAUCUGAGUUCAGAUUUAUUCCUGAUCAGGUUUGUAUGGUUGACUCAUCCAAGUAUUUUAAGUGGGCACACAAGUGAAAAGUUUCUUUUACACCUCAUCAACAUAAGAAGUGGUUAUGGGAAGUUGUAAUUAAGAAAGUGGAGUGGUUGGAUGCAGGUGCCCCUUGUAGGUGUUGACAACAUCUAUUUAGAGCAGUGAUGACAGCAGUGAUAAUUAAUUAACUAUUAAUAACAAGUUCCUGGAGUUUAUUUGACCAAAUUAGCCCAGUCAAAAUGAUCCUGCAGCUGGCAGUUUCAUCUCUUCCAGUGGAAUAUUUGCCACCUUCUUAACACUUACAGUAGGUUUUAUAAUAGUUAGUAAAAACCAAGUUUAGAUCUUUUCUGCCUGCUACGUACCUUGGUUAUAUCUACUGCUAAACAUUUUGACUUGGUUGCUAAAUAUCAAACUUUUCAAUUGAUCUUAAUCAGACUAGAUCAGAGUAACAAGACCCUGAUUGACAUAAACUGACACCCACAGAUUAUUUGAAUGUUCAUGUAUGUCAUCAUGUUUUUUCUUGUUUUAGUCUGAAGAUUUUGAAGAAAGAGCAGCUGAAUUUCACAAGCAUCACGGGUAAUUAAUCAGACACAUAAUUUGCAUUUUGUUAAUUUACAAAUCAUUCUAUUAUCUUAUGAUUAUGAUUAUUAAUUAUUUUGGUGUAAAACUUUCAAACAUGGUUGAUCUUAUGAGUAAUACUGUAAAAUUCUGAAAAUAAGCCCUGGGGCCUAUAUUUUUCAAAGGCCCUUUUCGAGGGGCUUACAGUGUUCUCACCAGGAGUUUGCCUUGGGGAGUCCCAGGGCCCCCUCUUCUGAGAAAUAGGGGUCCUGUAAGAACAUUAGGGGGACAAAGUUACAAAAAACACGCGGUACGAAGAACCUGAGCCCGCACUCCAAAUUGUCUGUUACAUGAAGUACCUAUCUGAUCCAAUAUGGCGGAAGAGGUGUUUACGAUUCGGAGGAGGAGUUUACGAUGUAGUGGGACGUGCGUGGAACCAAUGAAAGUAAAGGCAACAAAAUUAGACUUUGACUCAUUUGAUAUCAUGUUUUUUAUUUAUUCAAACAAACAGAAUGCUUUAGUGUUAGGUUGACCAUUAAAACUACUUAAGUCCGUUUGACUCGUAGCUUGCCCCUGCGCCCUAACGGGCGCAUCUUCUUGGUUUUAAUGCGCCAUUUCAGUUUUUCUUGCGGGAAUCCCGCAAGGCCGCGGCCUGGUGAGAACACUGGCUUAUAUUUGGAGGGUCUUAUCUAUGGAGGGAAAUUUGCAUUUCAAAAUCAAUUGGGUUAGCCUUAUAGUUGGAAGGAAAUUUACCGUUUUUGCUUUGUUUUACUUUGUAUUUGAGGGCAAUUUCCAAGUACAAGCCCCCAGGGGGCUUAUAUUUGGAGGGGCAAUUUAACGGAGGGCUUUUUGCGUUACAAGUUUGGGGGGCUUAUACAUGGAGGGGCCUAUUUUUGGAAUUUUACAGUAUUUCUUAAUGACAAUGACCCAGAGAUUCCAACCCUCCCAUUCUGGCUGGAUACCUCCUGUUUUCAACAAAUAUUUCUGCCUCCCAUUUUCACUUACAUUGUGUAAUAUUCUCCCGAUUUUUGAAACUCUUCCCAGCCAAAGAAAGAAAAUGUUUUCCUUUUUUCACCAGUCUUUUUCAGCCAAUUCUUUGCCAUUUUCUGUGGUUUCUCAGCCAAUUUUACACCUUUGGCAUCCGAGCAUGAGCCUGCAAUAAUUUUGGGCGCGGUAAUGCACUGAUGUGAUAGGGACCAAAAGGCCUUGAAGCAUCCACUGCCUGUUAAAAACUCCACCAUUUUCCAUUGACUGUGAUCUCAAAAUGCAGGAAAUGGCAUCUUAGAGCAGGGUUGUCACUAAGAUUUCAAGUUGCUGGGUAUAAAUACAACAAGUAGGCGGGGAAUCAAACGGCUAGGGACUUCUUUUGGUUCUAUUUUUCUUCUAUUUUCCAAUAAAAGUAGCCGGGGGCCACUCUCUUAGUAGCCGGAGAAAAUCCCCGGCCCCCGGCUCUUAAUGACAACCCUGUUAGAGGCAUGUCUUAAAAUUUUUCCCAGGGGAGCAUGCCCCUGGACCCCCCUAGUGGCUCGCGCUUUUGGUGCUCAUGGCACGGUUAUGCUGCUCCACAAACCUCCCUUUUUUUCUGCUGACAGGGUUGGAAUCUCUGGUGACCAGCAAUCAGCAUGACUUUCUGGCUACUAAUCUAGAUGCUCUAUCACACUGAGCUACAGGAGACUCUUGGGAGUCGGUUAGAGGUCAUUUGUGACAAACAUCCUAAAUGCUGCUGAAACUGAAAUGUUGAUAGGUCUACAACCAUAAUCUAAUUUUUUUAGCUCGCCCCCCCCCCUCCCCUCCCUGUUGAAAUAAAGGCGUACAGAAUAUGUUGGCCAAGCCUUGGUACCUCUAUUGUACCACUAGGGCCAUAGGUACAGCUGUGUGUGUAAAAAACUGAAAAAUAUAAUUUACUGUUUUAGGGGCCAAAGCCCAGCUGAUGCAGAGUUCAAUUUUCUUGAGGUUGCAAAAAACUUGGAUUUGUAUGGAGUAGAUCUUCACUUUGCUAAGGUACAUGAGUGCAUUUUUAUCUCGUUGCAUUUUAUACCUUAGGCUGGUUUUCACUAGUUACAGAGUUGGAGGCGGAGUCAUAAUCAGAAGCGUAGAACUUUACGAUGAUGUGAAAACAGCAUUCUGCGUGUAAAGGGUUAAUCUGGUACUUGUACCCUUCCAUAACCGACAAUUAGUUGUUAACUUUUCAAUGGCUUACAGUUCACAACUUGCCAAGCAUCCCUGUCAUUAUUGGUUGAUUCUGUCACAGAUUCAGUAAUCCAUCUGUAAGAUGAAGAUUGAGCCUUAAAAAAGGCCUUUGAAAAGUAGAAGCCUAGAGACAUAUUUCAGAAUUUACUUGAGUGCCUACCAUAACUUGUGUGAGUGCACAUUUGGUUUCAAUAAAGAGGAUGGGUUUAAAUACAGUUCUUGUAUUUUAUGCUGCUGAAUGCUGUUGUGGAUCUGUAAUGAAGGGUUGAGUUCUUUGUUGAACAAGCUGAAUCACUUGCUGCAUGUUAUCUCUCCUGACUGUUUUUGCUGAAGCUUGAUAAAUCGUACAAACAUGUAGAUUGCUUUUUACUUUUUUAUUAAAACAUCAUGACUCACCUGUUAAACCAAAGUUCUCUUCCUUGAUGGGCCUUCUUUUUAGGAUCACGACGGCCUUGAUCUUCACAUUGGAAUUUCUCCGCUUGGCUUGACUGUUUACCACAACAGAUGUAAAAUAAACUUCUUUCCAUGGUAUGUAGGGUUUACUAUUGGACUACAAAACCAUCAUCUUGUUAUCAGAAUUGUUUUUGUUGGUUUUUGCAGUGGUACUGUGCCAUGGGGAAACAACCAAUCAUAUGUGAAUAUUAUUUUACAUAUGUACGUACAACUAGCCUGAAAGCCAUAGUCUGAUAACGUGCAGCGGUGUUUUGAUCUCCUUUGUGACUGGUCAUGAUGUAUUGAACAUUUUUUUAGAUAUUUCAGAGAUUCGUGAUUAUUUUGUGUUCGACAGAAAUCUUUUUGGCACCACAGAGGAUAAUCCAGUUACUUACUGUUCCUCAACACAGGCAAACAUUUUGAAUUGCCCGACAGAAAGUUCUGUAUUUUUUUAAAACUGUUUUCUGUAGUAGUGAGGGAGUUGAGGUUUUAUAUCAAGAACUUUUCCAUUAACAUUGUACAUAGUUUUUACAUUCCAUCGACAUUGUACAUAGUUUUUACAUUUUUCUGAUAGUUGAUCUGUUAUAGUUAUUUUUUCCUUUAAUUGUUAAUUUUUUGGUCACCCAGGGCACCCAUUUAUAACAGCUUCAGCUGACGGGUUUACCCUGGUUAAAUAUGUUAUUAUUAUUAUUAUUAAUUAUUAUUUUUAUUAUUAUUUAGCCAUAUAUUUGUUUUUGAAUUUGUUUUCUUGGCAGGUCAAAAGUUGUCAAAGUUUGCUUCAAAAGGAAACGAUUCUUUGUGCAGAUCAGACCCGACUGGGUAAAAAUAAUAAUGUUUGUCAUACAUAUAUAGAAUAUGUUGGCACCUUCCACUAAUUUUGCUAAUGCACAUAGUUUCCAAAGCUUGAUGACUGUCUCGUACAACUGUCUGGCACUUGAGGCCCGGCCUUUCAAGGGAUCAUUACCUGGCUCUCUCUACCGCGGCUACUCUGCAAUUGGCUAUCUCAUGUCGAGUCAGUCCUUUGUUUCAAAUCUCUUUUUCAACUGUCCAAAAACGGGUUAAAUCAUUGUGCUAAAUCCUUGUUAGUCCCCUGGUAGGGGAGAAAUACAGUGAUCAUUAACUGAUGCAUAAAGGCCCUUACAUUAAGGUGUCCUGUCAGUGCGAUGUUGCUGUGAUAGGGGUUGAUGGUGGUGAUGAUGAUGAUGAAAAAUGCCAGUUGUGAUGGCUUUGCAUACAGCUGUCAACAGCUACAAUCCCACUCUGCUAAUGUUCUAUUGACACUGUGUUUAUGUCUCUCAAUAUGAUCGGGUUUGUGGACUUGGUAAACUCUUCGCUGAUCAGGUCCUCUACAGAUCCUAUGUCUUGCGGCAUCAUCUUUUGCUGUCAGUCCUUUGCAGUUGAUUUUCACUUUUUACUUUUCUUUGCAGAAUGAAUGGACUGAUAAUGUGAUAGGUUUUCACAUGCCUACUUAUAGAGCAUGCAAAAAUCUAUGGAAAACAUGCGUUGAGUAUCACACCUUUUAUAGGUUUGUAUCAAAUGGUUAUGUAAUUAAUUUUUUUGUGGAGAGCUGUUAAAGUUGAUUGUCUUAAGCUUGAGUCUGGUCUUCUCUCCCUGAAAAUUUCAAGGUUCCCCCAUUUCAAUCUUGCACCAAGAUUUGGCAAUAUGAUUUCUCUCUCUAAUUGUUAAAUCCGUGGAUGAAACGCUAUUGUGCCACCAUUCAAAUUCAGUUCAAGCCGCUUUGGCUGCAGUGUAGAUAUAAAAACGAGCAACUAUCAGUGAAAGAUUGACCAUGCGGAAGGCUACAAAUCAAAGUACAGCACUGUGGAUAUGUGACCGUCACUCUUGUCUUGACCUUUUAAAUUUACUUCUUUCACCUCACUCCCGUGAUUUUCUUUAACCCUUAAAGCCUCAGUAUCAACAUACAAAUUCUCCACACUGACCAUCAUACAUUUCCUUGAAAAGUUAAUUGAGAGAAUUUGUUUAAAGAUCAAAGGAUUUUCUUCCAGGUUAUCAUUUUACUAUUUCUCAUAAACGUUUCUUUUGAUGUUGUAUUGAUAUUAUUAGAAGAAAAUUGAUCUUAAUCGCUCUUGAGAAUUGAAGGGUUAAACAGAACGUAGAAAUUAUAUUUGUUUUUUAAUUGGCACAGACAGAACUGAAUGUCGUCUACUCAUUGAAAUCAUACUCGCGGAAGACCAUGCAAAUCAGUGAUUUCGUUUGAUCACUUGUUUGACCACGCACUUUCACAGUCCUAUAAUUCUUAUUUACUGUGGUUUUUUUGGUUUCAUUAUUUAGGACUCACUUCCCCAAGCCAUCGAAUUCCAAGAGUUCAUUGGUGAGAAUAGGCUCCAAGUACAGAUACAGGUAAGGAAAUGUCUUUAAAUUGUUUUCAUUAUGAUUUCUGGUAAAACAGUCGAACCUUCCUUAAGCGACCACCCAAAAUGCAAAGACUGAGUGGUCGCUAACGGGAGGUGGUCGUUUACAAGAAUCAAACCACAGAGGGUCUCUUCCGAGAAUAGCUCCAGGCACAUCUACUUUAUGGAAGAUCAUUUAUUGUAUGCAAUGUCUAAGGUAGGAUAUGUGACGUGUAGUUCCAUUUUGUCACUGAAAGGUCGUCGUAUAUUCUAUUCUAAGUAGCAUAGUGUACAAAGCGAACACAGAGAUCAGAGAAUGCGUCAAGUGGUCGCUUACGAGAGGUUAAUAACAAUGGAAAAUCUUUAACCGUCGGGCCCAAAAAGUGGUCGCGGUCGCAUUCAGGAGGUGGUCGUUUCUUAGAGGUUACAGCUGUAGGCUGUAGGGCUUUCACGGGGAAAAUUUUUGUGUUUGGAUUGGCGGUCGCUUAUGGGAGGUGGUUGCUUAGAGAGAGGUGGUCGCACAUGGAGGUUCGACUGUAUAUCUUUUAAUCAAUGAGUUCAUGAUCAUAAUUAUUGUCGUUAUUGUUAUCUUAUCGUUCUGAUGGGCUUAUUUAAUACCGCGGCUAAUACUGCACAACCAGAUGGUGUUGACCUUAUUGAGACGUCAUCUAAGAUUGGAUUUUUUGUCCGCCGAAAUAGAAAUCUUUUCCCUGCUAGCAGAGGUCUCUCACGACGAGGCAAAAAGAGAGACCUCUGCUAGCAGGGAAAGAAAUCUUUUGUGUUGUGUUAAUACCAAAGACCAUCAUUUUGCAAAUGACUAAAAUCAACCUUAAGCGUAUAUAAAUUAUCAAACCAACGAAGUAACAUUAUUGCUGUGAAUAUAUGGCGGCUGCAAUUAGUAGUCUACUUGCGAAUCUCGGACCAACUAAGGCUUCUAUGUACAAUUCGUGCAUGAUGGGUCCUUCAUCGAAUCCAACCCCAAAUUUGUCUUUCCCAGAAAGAAUAAUUAUUUUGCAGCUCUUGUAAAACACUAAAAACGAAUAUUUUUUCCUCAGAGGUAAGACAGAAUAUCAAGCAUUGGAAGAGGGAAGAAGACAGCCUAGAACUGAACCUAGAAUUGUCAGGUAUCUUAAAAUCAUGUCAAGUGGUCAUAAUAAACCACUUUCGAUAUGUUAAAAAUCAACUGUAAGACUCGCUGUCUUUCUGAAUUUAGCGACUACAUACAGAUAAACUGCAUUAUGUCUAGAGAAAAAGUCUCUAAUUUGAUUUUUUCCCAAUUAUUUUGCAGAACGCUUAGUAGACGCUACUCCAAAAGAAAUGAUGAUGGUGAGACUAACUGAAAAUGAAUUUAGGGCAAUUAACGUGUAGAAUUAUCAAUACGCGUUGUCUCUUAGUAAAGGCUAUGUUCUCACUAUUCCGGACAGCUUUCGCCCCGGCCCGAAAACCAUACCGUAUACAGCUAGUUCUAGAAAGGUUGUCGGAAAAACGGUGCACGCGACAAUCCCAAAAGGUGAUAUGGGAUAUGAUCAAUACACUGUUCCUGACACUGUAGCUGUCGAACCUACUUUUAUUGCUUUCCUUUAGCACUCGCAAACAUACGUCCGAGUCCAUGGCGUCUCUUGCCAUUGUUUGAAAUUUCUUUGAAAAACAGUGAACUAAAAACCACCCACAACCUUUCUCGAAAUAGCUGUAUACUGUAAGGCUACUCUUCACGCAUAAGAACGGUGAUUGCGGCGCGAAUUCUGUAGCGGAGCGAAGCUGUGCUGCGCCGAUCUCUAAACUGGAGACUGAGCCACAUAUUUGGAUAGGUGUUCAUACUAUAAAGGGAUAGAUUUUCGUGUCGGCACGGAAAGCUGUCCCGUAUAGUGUGACCACAGCCUGCGAGGUUAAAAAGCAAGGACAUGGAAAAUUACCGAGAUUCGUCUGAAUGAUUUAUUAUAUCCGCGUUCAUUGCGCACAACUAUUAAACUCGGGUUUUUACUUGUUUGUUAUCGAUCAGGUUCGCGUCGAAGAAUUGAUUUGGAUCACAUAUUCGACAGGGAUGAUACAGUAUUCAAUGACGGAGCUCCUAACUCAACUGGAAUCAAUUAUUCAUCUUCCGUUCCUUCGAAUUUCGACAAGUAAGCUUGUGCUUUGUGUUUGGUACGGUAUCCAGUCACCUCGCCACCAACAAAAUCGCCAGCAUGACCAAGAAGUAGACUCGCCACCAAGACGCAGGAUUAGACGAGAUCUCAGACGACCAGUGUACAUGACUUGCUCCCUAUCUUCACGCAGUUCCGCCCUCAAAAACUACAGAACUCGCCCGUUAAUCCAGCCAGCUACGCAGCCGUCAAAGUUGGUGGCGAGUUGGUUGACGUCGAGUCAACUUCUUGGUGGCGAGGUGACUGUAACCGGUUAGCUGUAGUAUACUUUUAAAUCUAAAUGUGUAUGUUGUGUGCCGCUUUUCUUCAUUGUGAUACACUGUGAUGAUUUUAAACCUAUUUAAAUGAAAGUCUCAGACCUGGCGUGCGUUUCUCAAAACCUCCCGAAGACACAUUAGUACCCCAAGAGUGCAGCUCAAUAAACAGGAUGAAGUUUGAAAGAACGCAAACUAUUUUUUUAAGUGACAUUUUUACCGCCUUUGUCGUCGUGCUGUUUGGUUGCAUAAGCUCCCUUAUAACUCCCCUGGCUCAGUGAUUUUUAUAACUAACUUUGAUUUCUUCAUUUAAUUUUGUUAGAAUGAAUCACUCGUUAGUCAGAAGCAAAAGUCUUGGAGUUGGCGAUGAGAUCCAAAUGAGCCGACUUAAACCAGCUCUGACGCCAGAACUCCAGGUACAAUAAAUAAAUAAUAAUAAAUAAAUUGGUUUAUUGCUACCUUUUGCAGUGAGAACUGAAUUACAGGUAGGGUCAGAAAUAACGGGAAUCUAAGGUAAUAAAUAAUACAAAAUAAGUAUGUAAGGCGCUUAGGAAUCUAAAUAGGUGGCAUAUUUGCACGUUACAAACUGUGCAAAACGGUCGGUGUUGGUUUGUUUGGUUACAAUGUUGGUAUUCCUUCUAAGAUUGUAUGGGAAUUCCCUAGGCUGGGACCUACUUAAAAUAAGCGCAUACAAAGGGUUGCCAGGAGAAAUUUUUGAGAUGAACCUUAUACAUGCACCUUCCCUGCGCUCUUGUAAGGAAGGCAGACCAGUCGGAUGCAAUGCCUGACUAUAUGGCAUAGAAGGCACUAUAAUGCCUAGCGCAUGAAUAACUUGGUCUUGAGAAGUCUUUUUGUAUCAGUCGGUGACUCAGGCGACUCCGGAGAAAAUGACCCUCUGGUUAACUGCUUGUCUAGAUGCUCUACUGCUCAGCUAUACCGCAGCUAGUUGCAUGCAGUAAAACUGAGAAACUUGCUAAAAACCGAUUCUGUUACUUCAAUGUUCCUCAAGUGUAGAAAAUCCUCGUGGUUACAAGCCUUGUGUCUUCAACGUAGCAGAAACAGUUGAAUAGCGAUGUUCGCGUUUUACAAUACUACCUACGAAUCAAACCUGUCUUCCAACAAAUCAGGUUGUUUCAGGUUGCGAAAAGUUGUUGCAGAAAGUAAAGAUUAGUUUUACUUUUUGCAACAAGAUCUGUAGAUUUUUGGCAUUUUACCGUCCCAAGAUGUUACUCCUGUGUAUGGCGCGACUUCCGCGUAAUUUUAUCCAAUCAGAAUUUAGGAUUCACGUAACUUGUAACAGGCUCGGUGAUUUGUUGCAAGACAGGUUUUAACGUGGAUGGUAAAACGCGCAGCAUGUUUUCCAAGUCGUGUAGCAAUAACCUUGCGAAGUAUGUUGCACUUUUUUGUUGCCUGUGUUGCCGUUGUUUUGCGGUAGCUAUAUGUUCUUGCUGGUGUAUUUACUAAUUAGCAUUCUACCCUACACUGGCAACCAAACUUAAGCAUUUCUUCCUGGAAGCCCACCUUAACCUUUUACAGAUUAACUCUUGCAUGUAGGCAAACAGCUACUACUGUGAUUCUUAACAGCUCUGUCGUCUGUUCUAUUAUCUUUGUGUCUCCUCUUCUUCCUUGUCUUUAACUCAGCGUAAAAGUGUUUCUUCAAACGAUUCUGUAACUUCUGAUAUGGAACAAGAAAGCAGAGGUUUUACUGCUCGGGUAUGUAGGAGAAGAGGAAAGCUUUUUCAAAUGUGACACUCUCACACACCACUCUCACUUUUCGGUUACGUGUACCUUAACAUGUCGCUUCUACUCUUCCAUUCUCUCCACUUCUUGCUUUGCUACACCUAAUUGCUAAUAUCUAUUAUGAAACAACACUUGAUAACUUUAUUUUUUGACGUAGUGGGAAAAAAAUUCAGUGCAGCGAGAUAGACCGAAGGGCUCUUUCCCUUUCUCUUCCCCGUUUCCCUCUUUGCGCUUUCCUUACUAUCUGAAGGCCCUGAACAGGCUAUCGGAAAGAUUGUUGCAUAAUCUUGAAGCUCAUCUAGGCUACAUACGUACGUUUAAGUGUGGUAUAUUUGUCGGGGUUUGCAGAUAUUACAUUGCAAUCGUUGCACUGCAAUAGUAUUGCCAGUCGUAUGCGACGUAAUUGGAAGCAAUGACUGGAAAUUUUCACAUCUCGCCGCGGUUGCUUAGAAUAGGGAUGGCUUUAUCAAUUGGGCAAAUCUCUUUUCAAAAGGUUACAUGACUGGCUUAGCUGCAGCCUCUCUUCCAGACGUUUUAAGGGCUUCUUUACGCUUUCCUACCCCACAGGAAAACGCUUGACAAACCUCGUCUGUUAGGGAGGCUACAAUAGCUUUGCUGACGCAUCUCGCCUUAUUUUGAUUAAACGAUUGAUCGAUUGUUUCAUUGAUUGAUUGAUCGAUUGAUCGUUGAAUAAUUGAUUGAUGGAUGGAUUGAUUGAUUGAUCCAUUGAUCGACUGAUUGAUUGUCUCAUUGAUUGAUUGAUUGAUCGAUCGAUUGAUUGAUUGUUUCAUUGAUUGGUUGAAUGGUGAUUUAUCCGUAGAUUUUAAACACCUUUUCCGACUUUUUUUCCGUUUGGUGAUGCUCUGAGAGGUCUUGAUUUUCUCAUCUUUUUUUCUUUUUAUUUUCCCUUUAGAGAAAUGGUUCUGCCAGUCAAGAAGGUCUUAUGACUGUCAGGUAAAACAAAGAACUUUAAGAUCAUUACUUGCGCCGUAAAAUGUCGUUCAAAAAUUUUUGUUCACUUGGAAACGUACUGUUUUGGCAAUUUGGUUUGUUCGCCAGUAGUAGAAAGAUUAAACCAAGCUUUGAAGGCUUUCGAAUAACUCUUAGAGAGAUCAAGAGAAUUUCAAGGUUGGCAGGCGGUCUGCGUGCGAUUGUCUCUCUCUCAAUCUAGUUGCUUCUUUUUAGAUUUUUCGUGUCCUUGCGUGUUCUGGCGUACUAAAUUAAUUAUUGAACACGCAAAUUCCUUCAUUAACCUACCGGUUUAGUCACCAGGGAACGUUUAAUUCCAUUCACGCUUCUCACGUAAGCAAGAGCUUUUCAAUUACAGUUUCUUACAAGCUUUUAUAUAACCGGGCUAUUUCGAAGUUUUUGGUAUUAGUUUUCCGGAUAUUUACAAUGUAAUUGCCGUUUUUUAUUUUAUCGUAGAAUGGAACCUGAUGAUCAAGGAAGGUUUGGAUUCAAUGUCCAGGUACGAAAAUAAUAGCUUAUGUAUCCUUUUUUUUCAAGGGGAGAUUGAAGGUUUAAUACAACUUACGCCGCUGCUGUAAAAAAAUUGUGAUUUUUUUGACUAUUUUAGGGAGGUGCGGACAUAAACUUGCCAGUAAUUGUGUCGAAGAUCGCUCGAGGAAUGCCGGUGAGAUAUUAGUUUUGCUUUUCUAAAGACAGCAUUACGAAGACAGGCCAAGUGACAAGCUGUGAUUGUAUUGAAUGUGAUGAAUUCAUAUAACGAUUCAUUAACUUUGAAGGUUACGGAUGAUACCUGGAAGCCAAAUUUUGAUGGUGUUUAUCCUUGCUAGCUACCUUGCCGGAGUCGAUUGCGCUCAAAAUUUACAGGGAAAUUCACCCUGAUUGAUCAACACCUUUCUUGUUAACAAAAUUCUGGGAUACCUUUCAGGCAAACGGCUUGAGAAAUUCUGUUAUCCUUAUGUAAAAAAUUGGUUUUGCAGAAACAUUGUCCCUAUGCAGUUUGUUAGUCGUUAUGUCACGCCUUUGCAGCUCAUACUUUGAGUAGGCCAUUUCCGAGUGCCGAAAGCCUCCCUUUUGAAAUGAGGGUAAGUGCAAAACCUUGCUUGUGAAAAUGAGUUUUAUUUGCAUUAGAAUAAAAAUUCAUCUUCAGAUCAAUGGUUUCGCUUUUAGCCUCGCUUUGAAACAGAGGCUUGGGGCAACCUCAGAAAUGGGCUGUUUAUCGCUAAUGAAAACGUACAUUUUGUAUGUUUAGGCCGACAUGUGCAUGCCGCAGCUACAAGAAGGAGACGAGAUUGUUCACAUCAAUGGGCGGAUAGUGAAAGACCUGCCACAUCACGAAGUAACUACAGUAUCUUUUCUUUUCUCCUGUUUUUAUUUUAUUUCUUCUUUUAAACACUCAUUUUGAUGGGUAAUCUAUAGAUACAGCCCAACCUCAAGUAAGGGACGUUAUAGACUGUUCAGAAUCCCCUAUUUUUCCGUUAGAUCGUCGCGUUGCGUUACAGGCGGAAAUCUUGGAUGAGUGUAGUCAAAUCGGAUGGAGAGGAGGCGAGAAAAAUAUAUCCCUCCCCCGAUCGCUAUAAAUCCUGACUCCCGCCCCCUCAGUACAUAUGGAACCAAGAUGGCCGCCCCUACUUGUAAGCGCUCAAUCCUGGGGAUCUUACGAAAAAAUAGAGGACUGUGAAGAGUCUAAGGACGUUAAAACUACAGUACUUAGAUGGCUAUUCGGAGGUUCGGGGGAAGGGAGACUCCCAUAUAAAACAGACGGAGUGAUAUCGGAAAUUUUGAACUAAACCCCUAAAGGAGACCAGUCUGAGUGUAUGGCUCAGGCUUACUUCAUUUAACCCAUGAUAGAUACCAAAAUACUCAAAGUAGAUUUCUUCGCUUGUAGAUCCUAAUGAGUCUUACACACUAAAUGAGACAGAAAAUCCAAAAUUUACACCCCUAACCCGGACGACGAGCUUUCCGGUCACUUUUUUAUUAGAGUUCCCCCGGGGGCGGGGGGGGGGUGGUAUCACCCACGGGAGGUGUAAGGAAAGUAAGUAAGAAAAAAUGGUUUGUUGUGUAUCUCGGUGUGUCGUUCAUUUAACUCUUCACUUUGCCUUUGUUUUAAGAUUGUGGAGCUUAUACGAACCAUUAGCAAAUCAAACCGAAGACUUCUUAUCAUGACGAUACGACCUAACGGUAAAUACGUCAGUUAUCUUUCUGCUUUGAACAAAUACAGUCAACACCCGCACAUAAGAACCUAAUAUUUCGGGUUUCACACUGACCAAGUUCUUAUUUACCGGGUGCUCAGUAAGAAAUCAGCCUGAAAAUGUUCUUGAUUUUUUUUUUCAGAAAUACUGUACAUUAUACAUGACUAGUGUUUUAAUUAACAUGCAAUGUUUUAAAGGGUUACUGUAAUUUAUUAUUACGUACUAUUAUGUACUGCAUGUAUGGCGCUAUAGUUUAGAUGGUCCACCACACCAUAGUCCUUUUAUAUGAGUUACUGUAUUGGUUUCCUUUUCUCGUAUUCUCUUUAUUGUAUGAGAACAUUUUUUUAAAUACCAGGCUGAAGUGGUUCUUGUAUAUAUGCUGCUUUAUUGGCCAACUUUUAGCCUCAUGUUCUUAAUCCACUUGUUCUUAUAAGCGGGUGAUGACUGUAUCCUUUUAAUGCGAACUGAUUAUUCAUCUUAACUCUCGUGCUAUGAGACCGAUUGUGAUUUCCGUUGACCAUUAUAAUUCUUGUCUUAGUUUUCACACAUUCGCCUCGGGAUGGUUCACCAGUUCACAUAGUCAGUCCAGAGCAGUUUACUGCUGCUGAACACAAACAUGAACAAGAGCGAAAUAUCGCCAAGCAAGAGAAAGAAAAGGCUCCACCAAAGGAUACCGAAGCGCUUCGAGUUUCAAUGGAUCAACUCCGAGAGGUAUUGUCUUUGUUGGUAUACUUUUCAUUUCCUUGAAAAAGAUAAAUCACAGAUUGCUGUGAACCUUCUGUUUUCUUAUACAUACGAUUUCUUCUGUCGCUUUUAAUGUACGAGACUUGCACCUCGCAAAUCUCAAACAAGCAAUUAGCAACUCGCAACUCGUAACUCGCAUCUCGCAACUCGCAACUCGUGACUCGCAGACUUGGAACUUGCAUGAUUAAUGAAGCCUUCAAGGCAGCUCUCUAUUUUAAGUGGCGAGGGAAGCGAGCCGCGGGAGAACCCGCGAGCGAACGGUAAAGGCGCGAGGGGCUGUGAUCGCCUGGGUGACUCCUUUCGCGUGCAGCGCGCAUGUCUUCUUUCAUAUUACCCAAAUGGAGAGCUCGCGCGCACACUGGAUCAAUUUUACCAUAUUAACGUUAGAAAAACGAAACAUUCAGUCCGAAAAAAUGGCUCCAAGGUUGUUAUAUACAAUUGCAUGGUUCGCUUUCUGAAUAUUGGCAACAAAUCCUUUUUUCUUUUAAUGUGAAAUUGAAUUUUUGUCUCAGUAGUGUUUCUUCGUCCUUGACUUGAGUCUUACUGACUGAGUAUAACUAGGUAAUCAUUCCCACUUAAAUACUCAUUUCUGUAUUGUCCUGUUUCCUUUUUGUGUUUGCAGAAUCUUGAAAGCGGCGAUCUGCUUGUGUACUUUCAGGUAAUUUUGAUUGUCAUAGCUGUGAGGACACUUACAGAACUUUACCAGUGGACUUAACCUUGUAUAACUAACCGCCUUGUCUUUUUACAGGAGUUGUACAGAAAAAAACCUGGUAUGUCUAUGGAAGAAGCCAGAAAACCAGAAAACCUCCCGAAAAACAGAUAUAGAGACAUUCUACCGUGUAAGUGACAUGCAUAUUUUUAAAGUUUAUGAGUCACUUUCAAAUCUGGUUAUUUUAAUUGUUUUUUAUUGGGUUAUUAGUGUCGAGUGUGAACAGCUUUUACCCCGUCGAAUUUUUUACCCGCGCUAAAACAAAAACUUGUACACUUUGCUGUUCAAAAAGUUGCGCGCUUCCGCCAAGCGAAAAUACCUUCAUGACCGUAGGCCCAAAUCAGAUUAUGUCUCCCUUAUUUACUGCUCUUAGCGUGAAAGAGUCAAAAUGGACGGAUUUAGGCUGAACGUUCAGAGAGUAACUCCUUUUUUGCAAAUACAUUGUUUGUUUCUGCAGAUGACGACACAAGGGUUACGUUGUGCAAAGGAAAAAAUGAUUACGUUAACGCCAAUUAUGUCUCUGUAAGUUAACAUGUCACUUCAUUUAUGAAAUUACCAUAAAUAAGUCUGCGUGUUGUAGGCCUUCAGAUAAUAGGGAUACACGCAAUAGACCUCUUUACCCUGUAUGUUUUGUUUUCCCAAUACAGGUCAUGUGAUAAUACUCUAGAGAACCGUUUCUUUCAAAUGUCGUCUUGUUCACUUGCUUAUGUAGGCAUAAUUUAUGAAAAGACAAAGGGUCCAGUUCCCCUGAGACCUCUAUUGAGAAAACAAAACAUACAAGCUUAAGAGGUCUAUUCAUCACGUUUUGAAACGAUUCAAGACUCAAGAGAGGUCAAACAUAGCGCGGAAAAUGGGCCUAAAGUGAGGGGAUUCCCUUUCCCGAAGCUUUCUCACCCAUCUCCGACGAUAUUCCUUUGCUCUUCAUCAGUCGGUGCCAUUCCUUUAUUUGUGUGCUGCCUUGUUGGCGAAGCAACAUCCCAGUUAGGGGGUGAGAAGGGAAGUGAAUUCGUGUUGAAUAGAAAAGUAGUUGCAAAGUAAGACGCUGGAAGUAGAAAUGAGCUUAUGUCCUUAGUUUUUACCAACUAGUAAUAACCAAGGUUACGGGGUGCGGGCGACAACGACCGAAGGUUAAAACGCUUUUACUCCGACGCUGUGCUUUGCGCAAGUUUCACGCGACAAAUGGUCAAAACACGCUUCAUCAGAUUGCACGUGAUAGAAGGUCCAAACGCAAGUGAUCAAAUUCCGUUCAUUCUUAAUGGAAGUCCAAACGAACGCUGGCUACAUACAUGUGACGCGUGCGUAAUAACAACCUGAGGAUUAAGAUUGCGGGCUCCCCUUCUCGCCCGCAAUAAUAGUUUGCAAACUUUUUCACAGAUGAAGGUCCCCUCUAGAGGAGUGGUCAACAGAUACAUAGCUGCCCAAGGACCAUUAGAAAAGACGUGUGGAGACUUCUGGCAGGUAGAAUGUGCCCUGUUGUACGAUCAUGAAUAAUUAGGGAUCCCAGACAAAGCAAAGUUAGAAUCAAAGUAGAUUUAAUUCAUUUUAACCUGAAUUUCAUUCUGACUUACAACAUAAGCAAAACCAGGAGUCGGUUUUAAGUGUUUCGGCGCGUUUUAUGUCAGUUGAGUGCCACAGAGUAGCUCAGAGUGGCUGACUUGGUUGGGACGACGCUGUUCCAUCGCUGUUCUUUGGGCCCUUUAGUCGCGCAGUCACGUGACGUACGUAAUGUAAAUCAUCAUGUGAAGCAACCUCAACAAUACCAGAGAUAGGGAAAGAGUAUGGAAAAUUAGUUAAGAAGCCAAUUUGAGGUGUUUGAAACCUGAAAACAGGCAGACACUUUAUUUUUUUAAUGGUCUCCCCUCCUCUGGUAUUGGUAGGUUUGUAUCCCAUAAUUUCAGCAUGAGAUAGGUAAUUCGACCCCAAGUUGCAAAGCGGCUGUUUACACAAUCAGAACAUUGAGAUGACUUGUGUUUUGUUCCGUUCCAGAUGGUUUGGGAACAAGAGGCUUCUCUUAUUAUCAUGCUUACAACAACAGUAGAAAGAGGAAGGGUAAAUAUAUUAAUUGUGUAUUGUGGUUUGAAUGGUUACACUUUAGGGCUUUCUUCGCGGACUAAGUUAAAUUAAAGCGAGCUAAUACAAUAUAACAAACAGUAUCACGGGAAAGUACUGCUCGGGAGCAUUCAUUUGAAUGAUCACACUUAAGGAUUUCAUCCACAGACCCAAAAGUUAGAACCACCUUGUACGGCAUAGUAAACAGUACAACAGGAAAGUACUGCUCCGUAGUUUUCAUUUGAAUGGUCACACGCGGCCAACGGUUUUCAUGUCACGUGGUCAUAGCGAGUUUCUCUUUGCCGUUCGUCUUGGAUACGUCACCGAAAUGCAUUGACCGGGUAGUCCUGGGAAGACGCCUUAACAUCGUAAUGUCUGACUUGCCUAGUUCCUGUAUCCACACACAACAAGCGUGUAUGGAGAGAACGCUUGACGAAGCCCAGAUAAGGUAGGGUUAAAUUUGAUGAGUACAUCUUUUUCUGUCUUUAGGUAAAAUGCCAUCAGUACUGGCCAGAAGGAGAAGAAACACUUACGUUUAAAAACCUGGAAGUCAUCUGCACGAAAAUCCGUGACUUCUCACCAUCGUACGUUUACCGCGAAAUGUACGUCACUGACUCAAAGGUACUGCAAUUAUUGUGUGUCCGUUUUCUUGCCUUCCUCGCUCUUGAAGUGGGAACAGAGAUGUCGCUAUCUGAGUCGCUUUUAAUUGAUCUUUAUAACAACUCAUUUAUGUCUUCUCGUCUUUCGUGUUUCUGUUCCAGAGCUUGCGAAGCAGAGUUGUUGUUCAGUUGCAGUACAUUGCGUGGCCGGAUCACGGUAAGUAUAUAGUCCAAUCUUCCGCUAUACCCCAUCCUAACCCUUUUCCUUUAUAUGAACAUGAAUUGUAGUGGGACAGUUUGUGCCAUUUUACACGAGGUAACGCAUGCUCGAAGCCGCGGGAGACUUUGUGUUCAUUCUGCAAUAACUUAGCCCGACUACAGAAUGUAGUUCAUUAUAAACCCCCAAGAAACUCACUGGAUUUACGGAAUUUAUCUUUGCAGAGCAAUUUUUCAUCGAUAAUAAUUAGCUAAGUUCUGAAAAUUGAACCGAAUUUUUAUAGGAGUCUGCAGCUUCACAUCAAAAUUUUCACCUUAUUUUGUGGGUUUGUUCUCUUUUCAGAACAGUCCAGCGCCCUUUUUCUUUUUCUAAGUUUUUUGUUAACAUUCUAUCAAAACCCGCUCUUACAACUAAAAAGAGCCCCCCCCCCCCAAAAAAAAAGCUCUGUAAACAUGAGCACUAUUUUUUCCUUUGAAGUAGAACUCAGUUGCUGACCUUUGGUAUGGUUGAAAGGUCAGGAUUUAAUAACACUGACUUUUCCAGUAAAGUAAGAUGCUUUUGACAUGAAUUCUGAAAAACCUGAAUGGAAAAAAAUACCAGUAAAAUAAGGCAAAAAAUCGAUUUUAGCACUUUUAAAACCCACUUCCCAGCACAGAGUGAUUUAACGUUUUAGGUUUUGAUACAAGUAUUCACUUAGCUAAAUUAUGAAAAUGUCACAGUUUUAGUAUUUAUAAGCUUUAUGUUCAAAUUAGUAAGAUUAAUGACUAUAUUUUGAAGCUUAAAAUACUCAAUUUUUUGAAGUUUUGCUUUUUGGAUGAUUUAAAAUAAUAGAUUCACCACAAGGUAUUUUGUGUAUUUUUAUUUCAACUCUUAUCAAAAAACCGUCUUUUUCCAAACCGUUGACAAAAUGUUCCAAACAGAUUCAAGUCCGCCAAACGUUUACAAAGCUAUUAGUGACUGAAAACGUCUUAAUUUUGCAAAAAUAUUGAUAGUAUGUAUAAAGGCAAGAUCUUUUUACAGGACUUCUUGUGAGUAAUUAUCAGAAUAAAUGUUAUUCGAGACCACAUUUACUUAUUUUCAAUCAGAGGAUAAGACUUUUCAGUGAGCUCAAGAUUCGUUGCAAAAUUAAGCUUAUAUCCUAAACUUACGCCAGAUUUUGCUGAUCUCAUAUCAGAAAAACAUAUUUGUCUUACCGACAACAACAUCAAUUACUUUCGGGAGACGAACACUUGUGUUUUAACUUGAAAGCUUACUUUGUUUUCAUUUCUUUUUUAAUCGCCGCAAUUUCACGCGUAGUUCCAGUUUAUUCGCAAAGAAAACUUUUCUCCAACCAAUUUCCUUGGCCAGGAUCUUCAUUUCGUCAGUAACCUUGUCGCAAUAAGUCAUAAAUAUCUUUUCCCACAGCAAAUCAUUCGCACAAAUUUUCUUCGUAAACUUGCAAACAGCUCCCAAAUGAACUACAUCGAUCAGAUCAAGAAACGAGGCAAUGUGAACGAGAACUCGAGGUGGAAGUCGAAUAAGCCAGUCACCACAAACAAUAGCGUGAACGUGUUUAAGCGUUUCUUCGCCAAAUACACGGCUAAUGUCGCUUUGAAGAAGAGCAUCAUCGUCAAACUCAUCCCAUGAGACUUUCUUUUGACUUGGAGGUAAUCCUCGCUGGUCUCUUCGGAUUGCAAUCCGCCAUGUUCGCCAAAUCACUUCUCUUUCAUUCACAACAAGUUGGUGAAAAUCUUUGCUUGGUGCAGGUGCUUGGCCGACUUUUUCGAUGAAGACUUUUAAGGUACUCAUUGUUUAUAACUCCUGGCGAGAAAUGCGUUGAACCAAAUUCGUUCCUCGCUUCAAAACAUGAAAAAUAUGGAACAAACCUGGUAGGACGUGCAGAAAGUUGGUCGCUUCUUUGUUGCAGUUACUUGUUUUGGCGGGGAAAUUUAACCAAUAAAAAGCCGUAUUUCGCCUUGCGUGUCAAAUCGCCCUUGAAAUGUUUGAAGAGAAAAUUAGAUUCAACAUAUGAACUGAAUUUUUUUUUUCUUUUUAAAGAACUUUGUUGUUUUCGUGUAUGCUCUUUCCUAGUGUAAUUAUCAAGAUCUGGCUUAAUGUCGUUUUAUUUAAAAAGGAUAUUUAGCUGUUAGCCACCUGAACAAAUAUUUCGCGGAAGUUUUAUCUCAGUUUGAGCGAUGGGUAUCAUAAACUUGUCUUCGCUGCCUCGACCGGCAAUUGUUGUGGGCAGAGCUGCUAGCUUUUUUUGCAACUGAACCGUUUGGCGAUUGAACGGGUGAUAAAUGUUGUGACAAAAUUAAUUGAUUAAUUUUGAAGCGUUAAAGUCGUUACUCGAAAAGAAAUUGAUAUGCUCAUUUAUUCCCAGAAAGAUUUCUGACAUGUUUUUACCGGUCAUUAGUUUUGUCUUGUUUUUGAGCCGUUUCACAAAGUUUUUGACGUUUAUAGUUCCGGAGAGAUAAAUUAUUCUGGGUUUUAUGAAAGAAAAAAAAUCUGAUCAUUGACAGUUAGAGGAAUGUAAAAUACUAUCACUUUUUGCUCGUUGUAGUAAGUUUUUUUUUUAGCCCUUCCAACAGUUACCGUGAUUACAAUAGUUGAUACUAAGCAAUUUAUAUUACAUUUCUUUGGUCUUAAAAGGUGUUGACACUUAGAGGGGAAAACUUCCGUUAGGAUAAUGUUUAGCUUUUUCUGAAAAAUAAAGUGUCAGUUUAUAAAUAGAACAGGACGCACCUUUUUUUCUGAACUUGUUAACUCGUUGCUAAUGAAAUCUGAACAUGAUACUUUACAGUAAUUUUCUUGUUAGAUUUACCUUUGGCUUAAAUGUUAUUAAACGUCGCCCGAAAGUCGAGCUUUUGCUGUUGCGUACGCCUUAUGUUUUUUCUUACCUCGUAUUUUUUAAAGUAGAAAUUUGAACCUGAUUUAACUGAAAAGUGAUAUCUGUUAAACAUUCACUCUCCGGAUCGUAACGCCUCUUGGAAACGGUUGUUCAGUGAUUUUUGUAUAUUGUACGGCCUAUCUCCCACUUCAUAAGACCGUUUGUAGGGAAAGGUCGUUGGAAGUAAAUGUUCGAGUUUCUCGAUUAUUUUACCUUGUUUUCUUAGAUUUGUAACACGCUGACGGGCGGUACUUUGCUAAAACUUCACAGCAGUAUAAAAAUAUGUUUUCUGUUUUAAUUAUCCAUAGAUGUCCCUGACGAUUCGACGGACUUCUUAGAGUUUAUUCAUAUCGUUCGCCAUUACCGCGAAGGAACAAACACUCCAACUGUAUUGCACUGCAGGUAUGUACCGAAUUGGUAGUAAUUGGUAGUAGUUCAGGUGAAGUAAAGCUAGUCGUUGCGGUCUCUAGGAAGCUUAAACAUUUAAAAACCCAAGUUGUUUACCAUUUAAUCUACAUGGGCAAACCAGUUGGUUUACGGUGUGGGCAAUUGGUCAAUAAACUCAGGACUGGUAAAACCACUUGCAAAAAUCAGUCGGCCGCAAAAGCGUGAAACUGGUAUCAAAGAGGUUUUGUCAUAUAUGAGUCUUCAUAGCUUAGUUGGUAGAGCGCUGCAGCUCUUACUCAGAGGCCAUGGGCUCGAACCCCUUUGAAGUCCCGAAAUGUUUUUGGGUUAAUUUGCAAUUGCUUAAAUUGCAGUUACCACUGCGACGAUCGUAUCUUUAUUUAAAAUUUGUAUUUCUGCGGUUUACAUCAUCGUCAUUCCAAAAUUACUAAUUGUUGUGCCUCUAACGUAUUUAUGUAUACUUCUGUUCAUUACUGAAUUCCCGUUUGCUACCGGUCUUUCCAAUAUUUUAUCUAUUGAAAGAUUAAUAUAUUCUUUAGCAUUACAUUUUCAUUCAUCUUAAUUUAAAAGCUAUUUUAAGAAAAAAGCAUAUUUUGCGGUUCAUUCACUAAGUGCUUAUCACCCGUGCCACAUUGCGCUUCAUUAAAAGUCUGAGGACAUUUCGGGGACUAAAUUCAGCCUUAAUCGAGUGGCCACUAAGCUUUUAGUCCGUAAAUAGUCCAGUUUUUUUCGUUAUUUGCACCUAGGUUAGCCUUUCAGAAUAGACGGCAUCUCAAUUAUGCUCUUUAAACUAUACAAAUCUUACAAAUGGACCUGCUCGAGGUUCAUGUUGUUUGACAAGAAUUUAGUUUUUUGGUAGUUAAAGUGAACUGGACAAAACUGGACAAUCUUGAUCUUCGGCCGUUGUCUGUAGAAAACGAAGCGCUUUUAAAAUGCAAUUUCACCCCAUAGUAGUUUCAAUCAUUUUAAAACAUAUGAAAGAUCAUGGUGACAGUAGCUUUAACCGAUGGCUAGAAAGAAGAAUAUGAUAAGUAUGUAUCAAGGCGCUCUUUGUAGCGGUUUUGUAAACGUUUUGGUCCACUUGAUGGUAAUUUUUCCAAAUCUUUGUGAAUGGCGACGUAGAUUAUGCUCAAACUCGGGAGGUAUUGACCCUGAAAAAUCUCAUCGAGCCACCUUAAUACUUAAUGCUUUCUGUGGCCCCCUCAGUUUCCUUAUUAACGGGAUUUGACUGUAGAUCAAACUCGUUGUCAUAUCUAAAAGAGCAUCGGUAGGUAACUUUUCAACUGUUUUCAGCUAUGUGUGUUACUGCUUCCAUAUCAGUCAUUGGUUUGUUUAUUUAAGAGGCCUCUUCCAAUCUUUACCAUCGCUUUUCUAAGCUCUCGAAGUCGCCAGCAAUACAAAAUCGGGUUUAUUGAAGAAUUCAUAAAUACCACAGUCGUCGACAAAUCCCAUUCGGUUUUCCACUCUCUGUAUACUGUCCCGUACAAAGUCAUAAAAACAACGUUUGGAAAAUAACAUAUAACGAGACAGAUGUAAAACACGAACGUAUUAACAGCGCUUCUUAUCAAACGAAGCAUGUGCGUGUUAUUUGCACAACUUGAGAUUUCUACUGCUUGCUUCUGAACGCGAAUCUGUUUGUCGUGAUGUCGAACGAUUCCGUACAUUUUUAUGUAAAAAUAUGUGCAGAUAAUGAGACAAAUAGCGGGGUAAAUUCCUGCCAGCAAAUGAUACAAAGGAUGAUUCCAAAGGUAAAGCCCCAGGCAUAAGAAAGUGAACAACCAAAUCAUUGUCACGGUACACAGCACGCGAGAUUUGGUCACGAUUGUGGAAUAUCGCAUGUGGUAAUGAAAGGCCAUGAACCGGUCCACGGAGAUCACUGUAGUCGUACCAAGAGAGACUCCGCAGAGAAAGAAACCUGUCAUUACUGUUACAUGUUGCAAAAACAAGUCUUUUUCUGUUAUGCUUUUGAACUUGUUCGCAAUGAAAAGCGGUUGAGCCAUGACUCCAACCAGAAGAUCCGAAACAGCGAGACUGGAAAUCAUGAUCAUUGAAGGCGUUCGAAUGGAGGGAGUUUUCAAGAUGGCUGCUAACACCAAUGAGUUCCCAAUGAUAGAGAUGAGAAUCAGAGGGGUAUUGAUCACAGAGUUGAUGACGGCUAUGUUUUUUUGAGUAGCAGAUAUGUUUUUGUCUCCAUCGUUGUCGUCCAUCUUUUCACCCAGUCUCUGUUCCAGUUGAAAACUUAGAUCUCCACUUUUAUUUCCUCAGUACUGUAUCCCGUUGCUCGUCAACGGCGAAGGGCGGAAGUGAAGCUCAUUGGAGUUGAUAACGCACGCUAAAUGUAGUUGAUUUUUCAAAGCAGCUGCUCCGACCUGCGCUCUCUUUUUCUCCGAGAAAGGGAUCAGUCAAAGCGACGUUCUAGUUUUCACGUGUCUUGUUAUUCAACGCAGUGUUUUGUCAGCAAUAUCUUCACUGCUCCACGCAAAUACCAAUUUAAAAUUUUCGAUUUCGACUUGUAUGCCCCUUGUUCUUUAACCUGGGGGUCACGAUAGAGAUAAAUUUCACAAACAAAAGAAUCCGAAUUUUAAUACACCGAUCGAUGACUGUUGUCUAGACUUUGAUCCGGACUUUGCAUUAUGAUGUUUUGAUUAUGCGAGAUAGGUAAAACAAGCUCUCUUGUGAUGUGAAUGUUGCUAGCAAGUGUUUUUUUUUUCUCAGAUCAUUGCUUGAGGUUUGUCUAAACCUGAAAAUUAUUUUAGGAAAACAAGUAGGCGGAGGUGAUUUUAAUACUACAGGUUAACUGAUGAAAAUUGUUAUUCAGAUCAAAAUGGAAUAUCAAUGUAUCGUUGAUUUGCAAAUGAAUACAAGAGAUUACUAGCGUUAACGUGGCUGCUACUCAUCAAAUAUUUGACUUUGUAACAGAUGACAGGUAAAGACUUUCAGAUUUUUACGCAAACAUCAAGGAAGACUUGAAAGAGGAGAAAUAAGUUAUGUCAAAACUAAUGGCGCUCAGCGCGCUUAAGGUGGCUGAGCACAGUUUUGCGGGCGGUCAGCGGUAGCGUGUGUUUUAAAUUAGACAAACAAACGUGGCGACGAAAAAAGCAAUGGUACACAGAAGACGAUUUCUCAAAAUGUACUCAUUAAUAUCGAAGUUGACGAAUUACUCCUUAAUUCUGGCGCGAAAUUUCAGCGUUAAUUUGUAAUUUCACAUGUGAAAUUACAAAAUUCCCAUGGCAACCUAACGUACGUCUCAGUGUCAAGAUGGCGACGAAGUUUUAAAAUGUCAUGAAUGAAGAUGUCAGGGCAGAAAAAGGCGCUUUAGAAAACCUGAACACACGAAAGAGCACAUCGAGAAGGAUUCUAACAGGUAUUUUGUCCAAAAACUCUGAACUUAAGCCAAAUUUGAGCUCUAAACGUUCGAGAGAGUGCAGGAGUUCUCGAUAGAUACGAUCCAGGAUAAACAUGUCAAAAUCCAAGACAGCUAACGUAAUUCGUCACCCAUGAUAUUAAUAGGUAAUCAAAUGGUAUACUCGUGAAAUUAGGGAAUAAUUUCACUUGCGUUUUGUCCAAAUCCUAAUAAUUUCCCUCGCCUAAAGGCGCGGAAAAUUAUAAAGAUUUGGACAAAACGCGCGUGAAAUUAUUCCCUAAUUUCACUCGUCUCCAUUUGAUUACACAUACUAAUAUUUUGUGAUAUUUGGCAGAAUUUUUACUUUUAUCACAUUUGAAAUAAUGAGAACUUUAAAGUGGAAGUUGAAAGGACGAAUUUUGUGACACGUUUAAUAAUUACAGAACAAUCAUAUUACUGAUUAUCUAAAAACCCGUCGGUUAAUAUUUGGUCAAAUAAGUUUCAAAUGGUAAUGAUUAAUUGUAGUAAGAUAUGUGCAAGUUUAUAGGAAAAUCUAAUGAGCGAAUUUUAUGUAAACUGAUCGGAAGUGAAAUUUUGAUGUUGUAUUCAGUCCUUCAUGUUGCCAUGGAAACUACGAAAACGUCAAAUUUUACCUGUCAAUCAAAAUAUUUCAUCAUUAUAUUUUUCACUUGCCAAGUUUCAGCUUGUGAGCUGCAACCUUUCUCUUGCCUUGAUUUUGCAAAUGACAUAUUCUCAGAAACUGCCAAAACAGUGUUCAGCCACCUUUAGUGACGUGGUAUUAGUCUUAAUUUGACUGAUAAUUUUCAAUACAUAGACUCUACAAUCAGAAUUUGAUACAGAUUUUUCGAUGAGAUAAAACUCAUUUUAACAAGAAAGGUUUUGCACUUAGCCUCGUUUUGAACGUAAGAGUUUUUGGAACUCGGAAAUGGCCGAUUACUUUUGUUUUUUCCCAGUGGUUUUACUAUCUGCUCAUGCGCAGAGCGCUAAAUUUGCAGAUCCAAAAUGGCGUUUUACACCUGAGUUACCACGCAUCCAUGCAACCACGACUUUGCCUAACCAAAAUUAAGACAGUUUUGGUGUUCACACCAAAGUGCAGACGUGUGCACUGAGCUAAGCAGACGCGAUCCUAAUUCACGAAUUCUUCUCUUAUCCUGAACGUACAUAUUCUGAAAACCAUUGACUGUACCGGCUAAAACUUUCACCGAGAUGUUGACGUUCAAAUUCUUGAGGGCUCGGUGUCUAGAUUUUUGUAAGGUUAAGGUGGUUCAUUGUGAACGUUCGUAACACCUAAACACACAAAUUUUCAUUGGUCGAAAAUUCGUCCGGUAGAGUGCGAACCUUAGCUAUGCAAACGAAAUAGACAAACAAGGACUCGAGGAAAAUACACGCGAGCAGCGUAGAGGGCUGGGCCGGGUUGUUCAAAGCUGGUUUUAGAUAAACCAGGGUUAGUGCGAAAUUUGAAUUCUGAUAUGAAAGCUUAAAAAGUAAAUUCAGUUUAAUUCUUUUUGUCGACAAGUUGAUGAUGGGAAGCACUUAAAAAUAACAGAGAAACUAUCCGAGAAAAUGCUUUUCAAACCAAAAAAAGAAACCUGGGUUAAGAGUUAAUCUGGGCCCUGGAAAAUACGUAUUCGACAAAGUGAAGACUAGCUUUGUUUUAGCGCGCACGUGCUGAGAAUGCGGCGAGAUAUUUUUCAGCCAUUUACAAAGAGAGCAUUGCAAAGUCAAAAAAAGAAACCUGGGUUAAGAGUUAAUCUGGGCCCUGGAAAAUACGUAUUCGACAAAGUGAAGACUAGCUUUGUUUUAGCGCGCACGUGCUGAGAAUGCGGCGAGAUAUUUUUCAGCCAUUUACAAAGAGAGCAUUGCAAAGUCAAAGCAAUCAGUAAAUUAUAUCCUCGCUCUAUUAUAAACGCUUCAGCAUGAACGCAAAUAGACAAAACUUUCUUAGAUAGACGUACCUGAAAAGCAAAGAAUGUUAAAUAUUAAAUUAAAUCACAUCCAAGUUUGGUGGCCGAAGUAUACGUAAGAAAAUACGGUGCAUUAUGUUGACAAAGAAAACAAUAUUAUCCAAAACGUAAACAAAAUCUUGGUGUCCAUAUACAUUUUAAAUUAUACUCUUUUGAUUACUCGGUUGGCUAAUAAAAGUUUAAAAGGCGAAAGUGCGGGAUGUUUUUGAAUUGCUUUUAUUGAAUAUGUGUUGUGGUUCAAGAUCAUCCUUGGCUUAAAUUUUAUUUGAAGAUUUUUUUUAUUUGAUUUUAUUUUCUCUUAAGCUCAUUAUCAUACAUUACCAUAGCCACAUCAAGGCUAAAAGAUUAAAACGCAAUCUAGUAUUUCGUGUUUUUUUCCACCAUUACGCAGUUUGCAGUGCGUUGUGGUAGACAAAAAUAACGGCGAGAAGGGUCCCGAAUUAGGAAAUUUUAGCAACGACGACGGCGACGGCUACGAGAACGUCAAAACAGCAACAGGUUUAUUAAACGAAACAUCAAGUUUGCACGUGCAUCACGCUUUUUUGUAUAUUUCUUUGCCGUUGCUCCACGACUACGACGUGAAAAUGCCUAAUUUCACGCCUUAUACUACUACAUGAAAAAUUUCUGCAAUUUGAUUGGCUUAGAGCAGUGGUAUUUCAGCUUAAUUUCACGUUUUAUGGAGGACGUAAACAAGCGACAGGGAAAUUUUCUUUCUCUUUCUAAACUUGAGUGGGUCCCGAAGAAAUGAGCCCCAGGGAAAUCUGCCUAUAUUAGACAUUUUUAGUGAAUUGGAAUUAACGCAAUAAAGUUUGGAAAACGCUAAGUCAUUUUAAAAGUGACGAUUUCGCUGUCGUAGCCGUCGUCGAUGCUAAAACUCCCUAUUGCCUGCUUGCAAUACGGUAAAACAGGUUUACCAACUUGAUAAUGAAUAUCACUUGUUCUAGGUUCUAUGAUAUACAUAUAUAAUCUCUUUGAACCUUUCCUGUGUCUGCCUUCAGACCGCGUAUGUGGUUGUCACGAUAUCUUCAUCUGUUUUUUUAUGUAACAUCUUGUUUCCAAUCUUCGUCACCGCGGCUCUGAGUUCACGCAGUCUCCAACAGUACAAAAUUGGAUUGAUCGACGAAUUCAUGAAUACCACAGUCGUGGCUAAGUCCCAUUCAGGUCGCCAUGUUGCGUAUACCGUACCAAACAAGGUCAUUAAAAUAACAUUUGGAAAAAAACAAAUGACCAUGCAAAUGUAGAACAAGAAAGUGCUGAAAGCGCUUUUUUUCAGACGCAACAUAAGGUGCUGGCUUCCAACGUUUGAGCUGUGUACGGCUUGUUCCUGGACGCGAAUCUGCAGUUGAUGGUGGCGAACAAUUCCGUAUAUUUUGAUGUAAAGAUAUGUACAAAUGAUUAGACAUAUAGCGGUGUAAAUUCCUGCCAGCAAGUGAUACAAAGGCUUGUUCCAAAAGUAAAGUCCUAGACAUAAGAAAGUGAACAACCACGUUACAACCACCGUAUACAGUACGCGAGGCUUAGUCACGAUUGAGGAAUAUCGCAUGUGAUAUUGCACGGCCAUGAACCUAUCAACGCAAAUCAAUGUGGUCGUGCCGAGAGAGACUCCGCAGACAAAAAAACCUGCUAAAGAAGUCAGCGAGUGUAAUAACAGGUUUCUUUCUGUUAAGUUCUUGAACUCGUUAACAAGAAACAGGGGUUGAGCCAUGAUUCCCACCAGCAAAUCGGAAACAGCGAGACUGGAAAUCGUGAUCAUAGAAGGCGUUCGAAUGGAAGGAGUUUUCAAGAUGGCUGCUAACACCAAAGAGUUCCCGGUGAUUGAUAUGAGAAUUAGCGGAACGUUGAGUACAAAGUUCACAAUGACGAUUAUUUCGUGGUUAUUGACUCCCUUCUUGCCUUCGUCGGUGUAGUUUGUCAUAUUAUCCAGCCUUUGCUAUGUAGAAUACUUAAAACUUGCUGGUCCUUGACAGUGUUGUCCUGAAACAAAGCGUAAAAUCAGUGCUGAAUAGUAACGAAAAAGUGACCAGUUUUAUAACCAAAAAAUUAAAUACACCCUAAUCUGUUUUCUUUCGCAAAAUUGGUUUUCAAUUUGCAUCGAUAAACGGCCACUGCCCUGGAUUGUUUGCACCGUCCUGAAUUUCUGGUGCCAAUCUUGCUUUGAUAUAUGUUACCUUUGCACACAAUCUUUUUUUCGUCUUUUCUACCGUUGAACAAACUUCCUUUUUCCGAGCACGCAACUAGUCUAUUUGAUCUUUCCAAACGAGCCUUGAAGGCUUUUGAAAUGUUGUUUUAAAUGUUCAGUCUGAAAUAAAGUAGGGGAACCGAGUUGUAUAUCAGUUAAAAGACUGAAUUACCAAUAUCAUGAUAUUGUCGUUCAAAUCACAACAUAAAAAGUUAAUCUCAUUUCCUUUACACCUUGUCUAUUACUUUGACGAACCAUUUGUCAAACUAAGUCUGAAUUAUUUAUUAUUUUAGUCUAAGUAGAAAGUUAUUUUGCGCAUCCUGAAAGCUUUAUUGAAAACGUGUAUGAACAGCUGGAAAAUACAAAAAGCUGAUUUUUGUGGAAAUGAAAAAAGCAACUGGACCUUAAUUUUUGUUGCUAACGAUUCAUUUUUGUUACUAACGAUAUUAACGAAAAAUUUACGACAGUUAAUCAGUUUGAUAGCAGUAGCAAAGCGUCAAAGAUAUAAUUGCUUAAAAGCAGUUUUAAAUUGAGCAUAAAAUCAGUGCUCUGCUUAAUGGCUUGUCGUAGACGGACAAAUUAAUUUGUUCAUGUUUUGUUUAUCAUCUCAAGGCAACGAUAACAGGUGCAUCUGUGAACUUACAGGCUUGUUUUCUCGUCCUUUCCCGUCUCUUGAGUGGUUUCUAAAUAUUUACGUUAAAAAACAUUUCGAACCAGUUUGCCUUCGAACAAAAAUAGUAUCCGAAAAUAACACCGUCCUUAACUUGUAAGGUGGUUCGAACCUAUUUAUUAGCGUGCUGGUUUUGUUUUGUUUUGUUUUUUUCUUUUUCUAUUUUUUAUUUUUUGAAUGGUAGGAAAGAUUUAAACGAUUGCUACGAUGUUUCGCUGUAGGUAUAGAAAUCUUUAAGAGUCAGCGUGUAUUUGAACUUUCAUUUUUACAACAGAUGCCAACUAUUUUGAGAUCCCUCGAAAGGCGGUUUCUUUCUUUGCUACGUCAAGUAAGCCCUAUGACAAGAACUUAUGCUACUUGAAGGGCGGUGAUAUGAAGUUGUAUCUUGUUUUUAUCUGACUGCGUAUUUGGUCCAUAAUCGUAGUCGAAACAAAUGUUAACAAAACAAACUAUACAAACUGCGAAAAACACUUACCUGUAGUAGUUAGGUAGCACCGUAAAAGCCGAGCUUCCUAAGGUCAAGGAGAAAUACAGCUCCCAAUUCGAGUAUUGCUAACAAUCCACCUUUCCACUGCAAAGAAGACCCUUAUGCUUGAUAAUAUAUUCACGAUCUUUGGGUUUGUUUUUACGGGAUUUCGGGCAGUGCAUCACUUGGGGAUGAUGAGUAUUGCGAUCGCAAUGUUCUGUAACACCAUUAUUUUAAUCGGAAAAUAGAUUUCCAUCCCCAACUGGCAAACUGCCCGUAAGAAUGUGAAAGCAAAGUUAGAGCGCUUGAGUAUAUUAUUUAGCAGUGCACAUACGUGCAGUGGCCGAAGUAUGUGUUGUCUUUGGCUAAUAUGGACGCGGAACAUUUUCUAUCUUGUUUUCAGUUUUAACAGGGAGCUUUAGCAACGACGAUGGCGACGAAUUCACGUUUUUUUCGAACAUUAUCGUGUUUAUUCCAGAGUGAGCUCCCAUAAAAUGCCGGUCACUUGUAGAUGAAUUUCCCAGGCGUUAAAGUGCUGGGUAGCGCAUCAUAGUUUAGCGUCGCAUAGUGAAAUUUCACGUUGUGUUCGUGCGGAACAGCAAAAUUAGCAAGAAAACAGAAGUUUUUGAAAACUCAUCAGUGUGGACAAGGCCUAAAAACUUUUCGUUUGUUAUAGUUCCUUCUCUUAAAGGUAUACACCUAUUUAUGGUAAGUCCUUUUCGAUCGCGGAAAAAAAUAUUUAUAAUGUCGCCACCUUGUAAACUGUGCCUACAUAAUGCUUAUUAGGGUUUCUAAACGUUCUAUCGCCUCUUGCAACUGAUUGGGACACAUAUAAAGCUUAGGGCCUGUUUACAUGGAGGUGAGGGACCCCAGGUAGGUGAGGUAACUCGCUUAGGUGGGGUAACCCGCCUGUCCAUAUAAUCUCUCAUUUUAAUUUGAUCACGUUUACAUGAUACGUGGGGUGACCCGCCAAGGCGGGUAGCCCGGUCUACCAGACCGGGUUACCCUCUCAGCCGGGGUCAAAUUUUGCCAUGUAAACGUUUCAAGGUGGGGUAACCCGCCUGGCCGGGGUCGGAUUCGUGAUACAUGAAAUUCUUGCAAAUUUCACUUUGGCGGUGGCUUUGCAUCAUUAUUAAAGUUAACAAUAGAAAGCCAUUGUACUGAAGGUUGCAGCAAGAGCAACAAGGGAGUGUAGAAGUGCAUUAAUCGCCAAAACACGUGGUUUGCCAGCAUUUUUCUUGUUUACGUGCUUAGCGACCAUUCAAUAAUCUUGAGAAAGUGCACCCCAGGAUGGUGGGGUUGUAAGAUUGCAUAUAAAGGAGGGUUAUUUUUUUACCCCACAUAAGCAGGUUACCUCACCUACCUGGGGUUACCCACCUCCAUGUAAACAGGCCCUAAGAAUCAGUUAAGUGUAACUAAAAGCUAUAAAACGUACUUAUCUCUCUGACUUACAGCCACGUUUACGGUAAACUGCAAAGUCAGUUUCAAGUUGAGAAUUUCUCAAAAUAGAAAAUAAAACAAUUCUUAUGGGUGACAAUGGCGUGAAAUUACUAAUUUUUGUGUAGACGUAAUGAACAGUAAAAGAUAAGCCAAGGGAAAACUUGGCCACGUGGUACAAAUUCACGUUGUUAGUUGCCGUUUGCCGUAAAUGACAUUACUCUAAAUCUCUCUUAUGUCUACAAAAUUCCGUGCUGCAAUUUUUAAUGGAGUUAUAUUAGAGAAACGGGCAGAUCUUUCGCUACAAACGAGCAGUGUGAAAACAGCGGGUUAAAGGCUCCAGAAUUCGCUAAUCAUGCUUUGUCUCAUAACCAUCGGAUAUUGAUUUAAACAACACCUCGAUCUUUGAAGCUUAUAGACAAUGGUAAUUAUCCCGUUAGAAUGUUUCUGGAAUCCUGGCAGACCAUGCUCACCCGUAUUGGCGACAAUAUUAACUCUUGCCUUUCCCCACGGCAAUAUAGCAUUCUUUUUAGCAAAAAAUUUCUCAAUAUAUUCUUUCUUAAUUUUCUUUCUAUAUGGUAAAUUAAAUUUUUGUUCUAUUGUAUUAUGUUAGAAUUGUUUUCAGUUUUAAAUCAUUUCGUCCGUUUAAGACCGCAGAGCAGCCGGUCGAAAGCUCGUAUUUCUUAAAACAUUUUUAGCCGAGAGCGCUUCUUCAGCACUUUAAUAUAGACCUUAAGAUUCGAUGACAGCCACGACAACGAGAACGUCAAAAAAGCAACAGGUUUAAUUAACAGAGCAUUAACUUUCCAUCAUGACGAAAUUUUCUUUCUCUUUCUGAACCUGAAUGUGGUUCUUAGGAAUUCAGUCAACUCCAGGCGUGUUCGUCUACAUUUCAGAGUAAGUGAAUUGGAAUAAUAGUGAUGAAGAUUAAAAGAAUGCGAAUGUAGUUUUUAAGCGACGUUUUCGCCGCGGCAUUCGUCCCCGGAUCUUAAGUCCCUGAAGCGUCCCUUAGAUCCGAGGACGUCGACAGCGGAGAAAACGUCGCUUAAGAAUUGAAUUCGCGUUCUUUCAAUCUUCAUCGCUAUUAUUUCAACCAAGAGAUCAUGAUAUUAUGAUCUCUUGUUUCAGCUCACUUGCUUUGUCACAUGUAGGCGAACUCUCCUGGAGUUGAGUUCCUAAAAACACUAUUCAAAAUCAGAUUGAGAAAGAAAGUUUCGUGGACGCUAUUUUACGUCCUCCAUAAAACGUGAAAUUAAGUAAUUUCACGUCGACGUUGUGUAGUGACGGCAAAGGAAUGUACCAAAAAGUUCCUUGCACGUACAGAGUUGUUGUUUUGCUAAUCAACACGGCACAACCAGAACUUCAAAAAAGGUUAGCUGUCGGCGGAUGUUGAGGUCUCUAAUAACAGAUGUUAUGGGCCGAGUGUCUCGACAAAGCUCGACACGUUUUUCACCGCCCAUAACCGACAAACUUUAAACGCGACAAACAAAAUUUAUCAAAUAAACCGGGAUAUCGAGUCAUAACGUAACCAUUCUCUGACUAUACUGACUGAAGUUACGAAAGUGCAUGUGACAUAUGUUUUCUAGAUCAACGGUUCUUUCCAUUGAAAACUGACUUUAGAAAGCAAUAAUAAUUUGUCCAGUCUUCAGAAAAUUUUUACCGUUAAGUCUUUGAUAAUCACACAGUCUCGUCAAUUGAAAGUUUAAAGAGGAAAAUGAGUAUGUACAAGAAAAAAUGUUUCGAAACUUACCUGUAAUUCAGGUUACAGUUGCCCCAAAAUAAGACACUGAAAUAAGAUUCAGUUUAUCUCAGAUGAUUGUCAUUUCACCCGGCACUAUAAAUUUUGCUAACCGCCGAUUUUCAAGUGUACAUGCUUAGUAAAUAGCAUAUAAGUAAGGCUUAAAAGCUCUCCAAGCUUGUUCUCUCGGGCCAAUAUAUCCUUUAAUGGCACCAAAUUUCCUCAAGGUAAUUAUGAGCCGAUCCAGUCAGGAUGUUAACACCCUGGUUAGAAAUAGCCGACGACCAAUCAACGCGCGCGAACAAGGUUCAGUUUAUUUCAAUAAAUUAUAAUCAGCUCAUUAAUUAAUUCGUGUAGUCGCCAUGUCAAGAAAAGUAUUCAAGACCCUACUUAGAUUCAUUUGAGGGCCAACAUUGGUUUCCUAGAGACUCACUUCCUCUUAGAACGAAUGCUGCCAUUUCAUAAACAAAAGGCCCAAAAAGGGCAAUAAAAAAAUCACAUUUUGCGAUUUUGAUAAGCAGCAAUAUGGUUUGGAAUUAAAAACAAUAAAACCUUUUCUGAAAUUUUUACACAUGUUUAUACGGCACAUCCGUCGACAGCAGUGAAACAUUUUGAACUUACCGUUGAAUCGUAUAAACCUGACUCUCUCUUCCACGCCAUAUAUUGUAACUUUUUAGUACGCGAUAUUGUAAACUAAUGUAAUGGUCUAAUUUUUCUCGCAAUGUGACAAUCUAAUUUUUCUUGCCCAAUAUAAAAUAAUGCAUCAGUGAUUUCAAAUCGAUGACAGGUGCAACUUUCGAAACUUGUACGAAAAAUCAAAAGCUGUUGUUAUGUUUCUCAGAUUAUCCCGUGAAGAGUUCAAAAUUUGUUAAAGGUAACGCACUUCCCUCCUUGUAAUCACUCGCUCUAUACCCAGACUUAUCAGCCUUGAAUAAUAGUUUUCCGCUUGCAUGUUUCUUAGUCCCCCAUUCACACCAAGGCUUAAACAUUUUUAAAAUUUUAGAAAACACUGUGUAGUAAAAUAUGGUUUAAAAUUGUUUUCUCCUUAAGAGCUGCUUGGCUAUUGCAAAUUAUGUGCAAAUUACAGAGAAUGUUAAAGUUGAUUGAAUCUUGUGUAAAGGUCUGAGUUUGAGUUUUCCAUUACCGAGUUAUUUCCAUUUUUUCUUGAAACCUGGUUUAAUUAAACAUGUUAAGUUGGUGUGAACAGGGCGUUAGCUUGAUUGAAGGGCUCAGAAUCGCUUUUAGAACAUUUACUCCUGUACUCUCUCAUACCAGUCUAUUUACAUUUUACUUACUUGUUUAGUGGCAUUAGGUAAAGGCACUGCACAUAACCAUUAAGAGAGUAAUUAUUAAAAGAUCAAAACAUUAAAGAUCUAACGACGAGGGAGAAAUAGCUGAGAUUUUCAAAGACAUUAUAACUGCUAGAUAGAGACUUUUUACUUUCAAAGAGGCAAUGGCUUGAAAUUUGCCGUACAUUAUGCGGUUAGUGUUAGUGUUUGUAUUCACAAUUUGUUUUUCAUUUUGCUGUUGAUGCUGCUUUCAUGCAUUAAGGCUUCGUUGUCGCUUACGGCAGCAGACGAAUUUUCGACCAGUGGAAAAUUCGCGCGUUAAGUGUUUCCUUCAUACGGAACCAACCUAACCGUACGAAUAUUUAGACGUCUGGCCGUGGCGUUUAAAGUUCGUAUGAACAGAGCGAAAUUUUUGAAAGAUUCCGUGUGAACGAUGUGUCCGGUUCAAUUAUUUAGCCGGUCGAAAAGUCGUCGUUUAAAGAACGUAGCCAAAUCUAGACUCUUCUGCAUGCAUUUAAGGCCUAGGCAAAACAACAACAAUAAUUUACAACAAUAACAAUAGUUUAUUUACCCUCGUAACACUAAGGAGCUUACAGAAACUCGUUUAAACGUGUACAUGUCUAAAACGUCGAACUUUUUAUGAGACGAACCAAACUUAGGGGGUUAAAUUCACGAAAAUUUCGACGUCUGACUCAGUUGAGUUUUUCUGAAUGAGUUUGGAUCGUCCAACACGUUCUAUCAGUUUGCGUCAGACGGGUAGAGCGUCUGAAGAUCGUCUCCGGGACAAACGUCGAUCUUCACAUACGAUUAACUAAACUAAAAAAUUAAAACUUUGUAUGAUAAUGUAUAUGUAGCCUUUUUAGGAGAAAAUCUAUUAAAAUUGCUUUUUGAUACGAUUCAGUUAAUUGGUUCGACGCGUCCUCAGUUCGACGUCUGGCCCAAUAGACGAUCUUAACUUAAUUUAGGUCAACCCAAAUUUGGAGUUUCGUUCGUCUACGCUUAAGUCACCACAAACACACCCGCAUGCACAUAAGUCUAUCACUUCUCUGCGUCAAGUCUGUAGAGGUCUUUGUUUCAUUUUCUUUCAUUCGUUUCACUUCACUUUGCUUCGUUUUCCUUCGUUCUAGUGCCGGUGUUGGCCGCACAGGUGUGCUGAUUUUUAUGGAGACAGUGUUUAACAUGAUCGAGGCAGCAGAACCUAUUUUUCCAUUGGAAAUUGUUCGGCGAAUGAGGGAUCAACGGUGUUCGCUCAUACAAACUCCAGUAAGUAAAGCACUUACGACUUGAUCAUCAGCAAAUGUGACAGUCCUCCCAAAUCCAUUAUUUAUUUUAUUUUAUUUUAUUUUAUUUUUUUUCAUUUUUUGAUCGUUCACUCAAUAGUUUUUUUAUCUUUUUAGGGACAGUUCAUAUUUGUCCUGGAAGCUCUGUUAAGAGCAUACGACGGUAAGGCGAAAAAGCUUUGA